GGUGCACUUGGUGUUCAUGAGAGUAGGGAGGUGGGCUCUUAACCUGGUGACAGUGGGAGGCUCCCGCCAGCAGCACCCCUCCCACCUCCCCCUGCCCCAGUGGGGCGGUGAGACUCAGGUGGCUGCAGGCCCUCUGUUCCCAGGGUUUCUCCCUGCAGCCAUGAGACUCUGCCUCAUUCUCCUUGCCCAUCAGAUGGGUUGGUGAGGGCACCCCUGUGCUCAAGAGUGCCGGUGCAGGGGGGCCAGGAUGCCCCGGAAGGGCGGGUGCCUGCCUGGAAUGGGCGUGUGGGAGCAGGAACCGGGCAGGCCGGCUAGCUCAGAGGCCUCUGCUCGGGUGCACAGGCCCAGACUCGAUGCCCCAGGAAACGGGAGCGCCGGGGAUGAGGUGGAUCUGGGCCAUGCACGGGCCAGGCUCCUGGUGGCCUGAUCAGUGGUGGUCGUGAUUCCGUCUCCUGUCCUGUGGACACCCCUGAUUCCUCUCAGAAGUGUCCCUGAGCAGGGUCGGGGGGAUGGGAACAAGCUCUGUUACAUUGAACAGGCCACCUCGGAGAGCCGUCGGGGUGAAGAGAGAAAGUCCGUCCUCUGCAUGGAGCCCCUGGGGUGCAGACUGGUCCCCCUCCCUGCUCGGCGUUAAGGCCAGCAUCUCUCCAGUUCCCACCUCAAUGUCCCCUGUUCCCCCACACUCACCUGGCCGGGAACCUGGGGUCUGCAUGUGGCAUGGAGGGUGAGGCCUGUCUCCAAGGGCCUACUGCAGGGAGCAAGUGCUGAGUGAAUGGAGUGCAUGGUCUGUCCUGUGGGCCACUGUUGCCAUGGUAAUAAUGAUGGCGUGAUCACCCUGGUCUCCUCAGGAGAGAAGCUGUCAGCUGGGGCUAGGUGCUCACGAGCUAGGGCCUUGCCAAGGUAUAUAGACUCUGCCCUGUGGGGGUGAUUGUUCCCUCCCAGGGUGUCCCCCAUUUCUGUCACGGUGAGGUAAUUAAAUCUCUGGGACGUGUGGCCUCUGGAGGAGGGAGCAUUGAAGACCCAGGUCUGGAUCUUCUGCAAGUGCAGCAGAGUCUGGGGCCUCCCUGAAACCAGGUCACUGUGGCUCAGGGGCCAAUUCCAGAGCCUGGGGUUGAGGCCACCCUCCAUUUGCAGGUGGGGAGAUGGAGGCUUGCAGCCGGGACCCAGCUUCCGAGAGGGGGCAAGCCAGGAUUACAUCUGCCCGAGAUGCGAGUCUGGGUUUAUCGAGGAGCUUCCGGAAGAGACCAGGAGUGCAGAGAACGGCUCAGCCCCCUCCACAGCCUCCGCAGACCAGAGCCGGCAGCAACCGUUCGAGAAUGUGGACCAGCCCCUGUUCACGCUGCCGCAGGGCUACGGGCACUUUGCUUUCGGCAUCUUUGACGACAGCUUCGAGAUCCCCACGUUCCCCCCUGGGGCGCAGGCUGAUGACAGCAGGGACCCCGAGAGCCGGCGGGAGCGAGAGCAGCACUCCCGGCACCGGUACGGCGCCCGGCAGCCCCGCGCCCGCCUCACCGCGCGGCGGGCCACCGGCCGGCACGAAGGCGUCCCCACGCUGGAAGGGAUCAUCCAGCAGCUGGUCAACGGCAUCAUCACCCCGGCCACCAUCCCCAACCUGGGCCUGGGCCCCUGGUGAGGGCGUCCUGCAUUCAAACCCGAUGGACUACGCCUGGGGGGCCAACGGCCUGGAUGCCAUCAUCACGCAGCUCCUCAAUCAGUUUGAAAACACGGGUCCCCCACCCGCAGACAAAGAGAAAAUCCAGGCCCUCCCCACCGUGCCCGUGACCGAGGAGCACGUCGGCUCGGGGCUGGAGUGCCCCGUGUGCAAGGAUGACUAUGGGCUGGGUGAGCGUGUGCGGCAGCUGCCCUGCAACCACCUCUUCCACGACGGCUGCAUCGUGCCCUGGCUGGAGCAGCACGACAGCUGCCCCGUCUGCCGAAAAAGCCUCACAGGACAGAACACGGCCACCGACCCCCCGGGCCUGGCUGGAGUGAGCUUCUCCUCCUCCUCGUCAUCCUCCUCCAGCUCACCCGGGAAUGAGAACCCGGCCAGCAGCUCCUGAGCACACCGGCUGGCCAGCCCCCAGGGCAACAGCAGACACCCCACGCGCCCACGGACUGCAGCGCCACCGGGCCCGCCGUGGAGGAGGCUCGGAGGACCCACCCCUCCAGGCUGCAGAGGGAGCUCGGCCUCCCCAGGGACAACCCGGCUGGGCCGGGCGCCCGCACACACUGCCCGGGCGUCCCACCUUCCCCCCCUUUGUCUCUGACCUCACCCUCUACAUGUUCAACGGCGGAAAGGUUUUUAUAAUUUUAAAUUAUUACUGCUUUGAAAUAAAUGGACGUUUGAGCUCACUCGCGGCCCUGCAUGAUCUGUGGAGAGACGGGGUGGAGCCACUCGGCUGGGGUCCUGGCUGCGUGGACAGGCCCUGCUCCCCACCCUGAGCACUGGGGCCUGGGAUACCAGGAUAACCAGCAAAACAAGGACAAGACUGCUCUGACAGACGUUUUUUAAAGGAGAAAAUAUGUGUAUCUUGAAAGCUAUUUAAAAAUACACCUACUUAGAAAGAA